UACAAAUUCUUAUACGUAGUAAGUAACUAAUAUAUAAUCAGUCACGUGCUGUAGCGGUUGAACCGAAACACAGAAAGAAGAAGAAGAUGAAAAUGGAGAUGCAUCAGAUCUGGAGCAGAAUAGCAUUAGCAUCGUUCGCGUUUGCAAUUCUAUUCGUAUCAGUUUCAGCAGACGACGUCGUUGUGCUGACUGAAGAAAAUUUCGAGAAGGAAGUUGGUCAAGAUAAAGGAGCUCUCGUUGAGUUCUACGCCCCUUGGUGUGGACACUGCAAAAAGCUUGCUCCAGAAUAUGAAAAGCUCGGUAACAGCUUCAAGAAAGCCAAAUCUGUUUUGAUUGCCAAGGUGGACUGUGAUGAGCAUAAGGGUGUGUGCAGCAAAUAUGGUGUCUCUGGGUACCCAACGAUUCAGUGGUUUCCAAAAGGAUCUCUGGAACCCAAAAAGUUUGAAGGGCCACGUACUGCAGAAUCACUUGCCGAGUUUGUAAACACAGAAGGAGGAACCAAUGUGAAGAUUGCUACCGCUCCAUCUCAUGUAGUGGUGCUAACACCUGAAACCUUCAACGAAGUUGUCUUGGAUGAAACCAAAGAUGUCUUGGUUGAGUUUUAUGCACCAUGGUGUGGACAUUGCAAAAGUCUUGCUCCUAUUUAUGAAAAAGUUGCCGCAGUUUUUAAAUCGGAGGACGAUGUAGUGAUUGCAAAUUUGGAUGCCGACAAAUAUAGGGACCUGGCUGAAAAGUAUGAUGUAAGUGGAUUUCCUACCUUGAAGUUCUUCCCAAAGGGCAACAAAGCCGGUGAAGAUUAUGGAGGUGGAAGAGACUUAGAUGACUUUGUGGCUUUUAUCAAUGAGAAAUCUGGAACAAGUCGAGAUGCAAAAGGACAGCUUACUUCUGAGGCUGGUAUAGUGGAAGACUUGGACGAAUUGGUAAAGGAGUUUGUAGCUGCUAAUGACGAAGAGAAGAAGGCUGUGUUUGCCCGAAUUGAAGAGGAAGUUGAGAAGCUCAAGGGUUCUGCUUCUAGAUACGGGAAGAUUUACCUGAAAGUUUCUAAGAAGUACUUGGAGAAAGGUUCUGGUUAUGCUAAGAAUGAAAUUCAACGCCUAGAGCGACUACUUGAAAAGUCUAUCAGCCCUGCUAAGGCCGACGAAUUGACACUCAAGAAAAACAUCUUGUCUACAUAUGCUUGACUUAAUGGUGCAAUUUCUACCAUCGAUCCUGGAAGCUAGUGUCUCACUGCAGCUCCUUGUGAUGAAUGUUUGACAUUGACAUCAAAAUUGCUGGGAGAUUUUCAACGUGGAGACUUGUAGUACCUAAUUUGAGUCUGUUUUAAUGAUCCUAUAUUGUAGAACAAUUUUGGGGUAAUGGAGAUUAUUCUUUGCCCCGUUGUAGUUUACCUGAGAUCGAUUUUCGGGAAGGACGAGAACUUUUACAUGCUGUUUCCUUCGUUGGUUUAUGGUAUGAACUUGUCACAUGAAAAUGGUUAAUACAUGACAACUACUAUGGUUAAUACAAGACAACAACGAUUGUUAAUACUUGAUAA